AUGGGUUCCGAUAAAGUUAAGAAAGAGAAUAAGAGAGGGUAUAGUCGAGGAGGAUGCCGAGAGUGCAAACGAAGGAAAAUCAAAUGUGAUGAACAGAAACCCCUGUGCUCCCAAUGUUCAAGAUUGCAAAAGCAGUGUUCGUACCCUAAGGAAGGAGAGAAGGUGUUGCGAGUUUCGAAGAAAUUCCUUGAAAGCAAUCCCAACCCAGUGGUAGAAUCCAAUCCAAAGCCAUUUACAAUACAAAUGUACCUGGGACCAGAUGACUUUGGAAAGGGGGCCAAGAAACGAAAGAUUAUGAAGAAAACUAAAAUGGUACACACUUCAGAUAAUGGCGAUGCACCUCCAAAACAACUGAAAUCUUCCUCUUCCAUAUUCAAUUUGUUGAAUACGACUAGUGGUACCUCUCCAUUACAACAGACAGGUACAGAUGUCAAUGCAGUAAUAACCGGAAGUGCCACAAGCAUGGUCCGAGGCAGUCCAUCCAGUUCAGUUUUGGAUUACUUGUAUAAUGACGACGAUUUGAAUUUAAUUGCAGCUGAUUUAAACAACAUUGUUAGUGAUAUAAUGUUUACUUCGAAUAUGAAUAUUGAAAACUUUCAAAGUUCAAUUGAAAAUGAUCCAAGCUUCUUGUUCAACCCGGCACUUAUACCAGAAGAGACUUCAAUUCCAGAAACAACCCAUUAUGACAAUGCAAUCCCCAAAAAUAUUCCUUUAGAUUAUAUUAAAUUAAACACCGAUGAUGAAAGACGAUAUCUCAAGGAUUUUUAUGAUACUUUUGCCCUGCAAAUAUUACCAUUUGGAGCAUAUGACCCAAUCACAACGCGAUAUACCAAUCCACUUCGAGAUGUGAUUUUGAAGUAUUCUUAUAAGGAACCUUUCUUAUUAUCAGCGGUUCUUUCCCAAGGUGCCAAAAUCUCCUCAGAAAAGACCAAUAGCAAAAAGGACAUUGAUGCUUAUGGAUCAUAUUUAUCCACUUGUUUGAAACUUCUUGGUCCAGCAUUGAGCCGAAAUCGAGACAAGAAAGUAAAGGACGAUUUGACAUCAAAUGUGGAAAGCAUUCUUAUUACUGUAUUAUUAUUAACUUCCUCCAAUGCAUCCACUGCUAAACAAAGCUGGAGACCUCAUUUGAAAGGUGCCAAAGAUAUCAUCAUGAAAGCUACACAUAGUAAAAUGGGGCUGUCCAAAGCGUUAAUUCUUUGUAAGAUUUGGUUUGCCGAUUUUGAGAUUCUUGCUGGGCAAAGUUCUCAUUUAGGUGGUACUUUGAAGUUGGAUGAAGAAUUGGAUUCUGUAAUUAACUUCACUGACCCAUACGAACACAAGGUUUUACAAGAGUUUGGAAUGAUUCAGCCUAAUACUUACAACAUUAUGUUUGGUUAUAAUACCGAUUGUGUUUAUCUCUUUCGAGAUCUUUCUAAGAUAUUGAACAAACGAAGAAUCGAAGGCGAUGAGUUUGUGCCAAAUGACCUGUUGGAAUAUAUCAGAUUGAUAAGUGGCUUUUAUGAGCAGUACAAUCGAGUCUAUAUAGAUAGAAAUUGUACCAUGAGCUAUCCACCUCACCCACUUCUUAAUCUAACUGACACCGUGCUGACAGAAAUAGGUCCCAUCCAUAUAAGUUGGAUGGAUAUAACACAACAAGCUUACUCGCUUGCUGGUUUAAUUACUAUAUUUACCCAGGUGUUUAUGGACCCACCAGAUUUACCUCACAUCAAGGACUUGAACGAUAAACUCGUUUCAUUGAUCACUUGUUUCGAAAAGUCUAAAGAUCACAUGAAGAUGAGGUUUCCCUAUGGAUUCCUGAUGAUUCAAUGGCCUAUAUCAGUUGCCGGUGUCAAUUGUACCGAGAAUCCACAAAAGCCAUUGAUUGCAAAAUAUUUCGAAAUCUGUGCUAAAUUAGGAUCAAGCAGUGCUGAGAUUGCUCUCAAAAGAAUCAAAAAAUUGUGGGAAUUGCGUGAGCGAGGUGAGGAGUUCCCUGAACUUGACGAAGAUGAGCUGACCAAGAUAGACAGUGUAGCAUAUUAA